AUUCGAGGAAGAUGGGAGGACAUUUUAUCCAGGUGAUGAUCCCUACUGGGAGGCUGUCGACCUUCAUUAUUGGCAAACCAAUAAUAUAGAAUGGUACGACCCGGCGGCUGUGACUACGAAGAACGGUUCUCUCGUUCUUACACUAUCUGCAAAAGAAACACACGGUCUUGAUUACCAAGGAGCACUCGUACAAACAUGGUAAAUUGGCCCGUCCGUUCUCAGUGCUUGUCUUAUACAAUCAAACAUAGGAAUAAGUUCUGUUUUACCGGCGGAUACCUGGUUUCGGCCGUCCAACUUCCCGGAAUCAACAACAUUGUUGGACUUUGGCCUGCCGUAUGGAGUAUGGGAAAUUUGGGACGCGCAGGAUAUGGUGCAUCACUUGACGGCACGUGGCCUUACACGUAUGACAGCUGCGACGUUGGCACAGCACCUAAUCAAACAAUCGAUGGACUACCCGCAGCAGCAGCUGACUACACAUUAUCAUAUUUGCCCGGACAGAGGUUGUCGCGGUGCACCUGUGACGGGGAAAGUCAUCCAGGUCCUAAGCACAGUGACGGUACCUACGUUGGACGGUCUGCUCCAGAAAUCGAUGUAUUUGAGGCACUAGUCAGCGAUGGCACUGGUCAAGUGUCGCAGUCCGGACAGUGGGCACCGUUUAACGCAGGAUUCAUUUGGGACAAUAGUACGGAUAACUUGAUUAUUGCAGACAGUAGUGUAUCCACGUUCAACACGUAUGUUGGUGGACUGUUCCAGCAGGCAACCUCUGUUGUAUCUGAAACGAAUCCAGACUGCUAUCAAUUGGCAUCUGGGUGCUUUGCUAUCUAUGGAUUCGAGACUGUGUCGCUCAUCUGUUUCGAAGGCUACGCGUCAGAUAACGCUGUAACUCGCCUGGACAAUAACGCUGCUGGCAUGAGGGCAGAUGCCGCUACCGAAAUCUCUGCCCGUCCUGUACCACAGGAGCCUAUGUACAUCAUGGCUAAUUUGGGCAUGUCCACCAACUUCGGAGACGUCGAUCUGGAUCACCUCACGAUUCCCUGCAGUCAUGACCCGGACAACAUCAAUAUCGGAUGUGACCCGGAAGACUUUCCUACAGCAGAGUAUAUCGCUACUUACAGUGAGGCUUACCAAAACCCCAACUUGACAACAUGGGUCGAUGACUACGGUCAGACCAUUCCUAAAAAUUCACUCGUUGACGGAUGCUAGAUUUAAUUUAUUUUGUAUUCAUCAUGGGCCGACACAUUAUGCAUUAUGUACGACAGUAAUGCAUCGCAAUCGCUGGAAUCCACUCCGCCCAUUCUUUACCCACCAGCGAUGAUAUCCUCUAUUUCCUCACCCUCACCUCCUUAGAUUUGGUUAUACACAACUCAUCAUUCUGUAUCGAUGUAUAUAUAGGGCUACCGCAUUACGUAGAGGAUUAAUUUAUGCCCCAAAAUCCGAAAGGAUCCAUGCAGAAAUAGACAGUGAAAUUAUCAAUCUAGAUGGCUUCCAAUAUUUCAUCGGCG